CGUUAAGGUCUACUUCUCUCUCAGCCGCUCAUAAAGCUACGUACGUCAGAUGGCCUCCCCACCAGCUCCAGAUCCCGCCGUCUCCAACUACACCACCGCAGUCCAUCGGUCAUGUCCGAAAAGAAAUCGCCAUUGCUGGUCUAACCUUCCUCCAGAUCUUCUUCAAAUUGUUUUUGAACGUCUUGGCUUUACCGAUUUCAAACGAGCUAAAUCCGUUUGUACAUCUUGGGAAUCCGCUUCGAGAAAAUCUCAGCCUAAGAAUCAGAUCCCUUGGCUGAUUCUCUUCCCCAAGGACAACAAUUACGGUCUCUUGUUCAAUCCUGAAGAACAAGGAAAGCUUUACAAAACUCAAGACCUUGGUGAUGACUUUGCGAAGAGUUUUUGUGUUGGGGCUUAUAGAAGUUGGCUUUUGAUGCUAGACCCUCAAUAUAGAGAUUGUGCUAACCCUUUAUACAACCUUUAUAUUUUAGAUCUUUUGACCCGCGAGAGAUCCACUUUACCAACUUUAGAAUCAGAAUUUGGUCUCAUCCCUCCAGUGUUUUGGGUAGACGAAAAAACAAAAGACUACUUAGUUAUAGGGAUGUUCGAUGAGGAAAAUGUAGUUUCUUUCAAGAAAGGAGAUAACUCGUGGAAACAGGUUCAUGAGUUGUCAGGCAUUGGAGAGUGUUUUAAUAUAGUAUACAAAGAUCACAAGCUUUAUUGCCUCGGCUAUUGUAAACUCAAGAUUUUUGAUUUCUCUACAGAUAAACCAGUAAAAGUUUUCAAAAUCAGCGUACGUGGAUACAUACUAAUAUUGUUGAGAUGUCCUGGAAGAAUGCCUCAAAAUAUCCCUUUGACUCGUAUGAAGAAUAAUGUGGUUGUCACAUUAAGUGGAGAUGUCUUAAUUGUUACCAGCAUACGUCAGGGUGGGUCCAAAAUAUGGAACUUUGAAAUCUACAAGAUGGAUUCUUCCAAAGGGAACAAGUGGGAGCAAAAAUUUUCUAUAGGUAAUGAGGCAAUUCUUUUGGAUUUAGGUAUUACAGUGCUUGCUGAGGAUAUUGGAGGAAUAAAGAAAAAUUCGAUCUACUUCAACGCCACUGAUUAUGAUGAUCAACAUGAUGAAAACGAUGUUUUCAUAUUCAGUCUUGAUACUAAGAAGGUUGAACAACCCCACCAAUCUGUUUGUUCCUCUGUUCCUGGCUCAAAUGCCCGAUGGUUUCUACCAAGUUUUAAACGAGAAUGAUUUACCCUAUCUUCAGUAUUUUUUUUUUCAAUAUCCAGUACCAUCCAUCCAAUGAAGCACACAUCGUUGCUACUAUUCGAGUUAAACCAGAACCGAGGCCUGUAAAGCUGAACUAUACAACAAAAACCCUAACACUGGUCCAGAAACUGCCUUAGCCAGGUUUAUUCAAUAAAUUGUUAUUUUUAUUUUUUUUGUUAAAUAAAAGAUA